UAAAAUGCUGCAGGUUGUCGUCUAGCGGUAUUGAUUAGGGAAAAUAGACGAUAAUGGGGAUCUUGCGUCACAGACACAACCCCCAGUUUGUUGGUCGGCCAGGCUGGUCAUAUUGAUUUUAAAAGGAAAUCCCUGAAUCCCUCCGAAAUGACGAGUUGUCUGCGUCCGCGCUCAGAAACUCACAAUGGCGCGAAUACUUUCCACGUGUUUUUUGACGUGUGUCAAUCGUAAAUUUAUUACACAAAUCUUCAAAACACUGCCGGUCAAAAAUAGAGCGAAAAUCUGCUGCUCAAAGCUCCAAUUCAAGGUAACAAUUCCGGCUUUUCCUCCCGAUUGCCCGGACAUUUUGUGCCCGAAAACGACGUAGCGGUGGAAUCAAUUACGUUUUUUAAAGGCAUAGAGAAUUUUCAUGAAUUGUACCUAUUGAGUGUGUGCGCAAUGAUCUCUAUUAAAGGACGGUAUAGUUCUUUUUUAUGUUCUGUAUAUCUAAUUAGAGUCCCAAUGUAACUGCAACUCUCUCUAGUCGAUCGAAACAGAUUCGAAUUCAAUGUAGUGAUAAAUAAAAAUGGAUAUUGAAAAAUGGUGCAGGAUUUGCUCAAUCGAAGUUAACUGCGGGGUUUUUCUCUUUGGCGAUGAAGCAAAACGGACAUUUUUACACGCGAAAAUUAGGAAAUAUCUCUGUGUCUCAAUUAGUUUAGAUGACAAAUUGCCAAAAAUGAUCUGUGAAGACUGUGUUUCGAAAAUUGAUGGAUUUCAUUCUUUUGUCACCAUGGCAUUGAAAAAUCAGGAAAAAAUGACGCGCUGUGUUUUAUCUACUCCGGUUAGUCCUGAACCUACAAAAACCGAAAACGUCUCCCUACUCCACACGUAUUUAACAACAAGCCCGGAUGAAACCGACGAUCAAAGCAAUGAAAAUGAAGAAAUGGAAAUGGAAAUGCGAGUAGAUCCAAUGUCGAUUUUGCAAUGCUGCCUAGAAGAAAGUGAGCCUGAAAGUGAAACUGAACAAACUCUUCGAAACGAAGAACCAGAGCAAGAAGAGGAAUCUGAUCUGGAUGAAUCCCAGUCGGGUUCCCAAGAGAACGGAUCGUCCGAAAGUGAGAACUCCGAAAACACUUGUAUUAUCUACUUGUGCUCGAUCUGUAAACGGAGUUUUGCGACUAAUUUCGCCCUGCAGGAUCAUAUGUACAUACAUUCGGCAACGUACACCAAACGAGUUUUAAGCCUGAGUUUCAACAAAAUCCAAGAAAAUUUGGCUACAGUUUUUGUGAGUAGCGCAAUAGAAGAAAAGAGAGAAGACUGCCAGGAAUUGGAAGGACCAGCACAUACUAUUAAUAAAGACAUGCAGCUAAUUGAAACUUUAUAUAAAUGUCCGAUUUGUGCCAAAGAAAUCACGACCAAAGGAGCACUGAAAGUUCACUUGGAAACCCACAGACCCAAAGGUCAAUAUGGCUGCGAUAUAUGUGGACGCGUGUUCAAAACCCAGUGCAAUUUAUUUCGACACAAAGACUACCAUCAAGGUGUUCAGUUUCCCUGCGAAGUAUGCGGCAGAGUUUAUCCAACUAACAGUACUUUGAGGGCUCAUUCCAUUACUCACAGCGACUUACGGCCGCAUAAGUGCCCAUUGUGUGAUAAAACUUUCAAGAGAAACCAAGACCUGAAGUUCCACAUUAAUCAACAUACAGGAGCAAGGCCAUACCAAUGCCCCUACUGCCCAAAGGCUUUUGCCAGCUCAGGAAAUUGCUUUUCGCAUCGAAAGCGCAUGCAUCCUGUUGAAGUUGAACGAGAUAGAGAACGCGCAGCAAAAAUUAUGAGAUAAGUUGAACUAUACGCAUUUUCAAAGGCAAAGUAGGAUUAUUUUCGUACUGGGUGACGUGAAAGUUAACCUACUGAUUAAUAAGUAAAUACAUGUGAUUUUAAAUAACCUUUCAACCUAGUAGUGGAUAUUAUCCAUAACAUUUCAAGUCUGGUUGUUGAUUGCAUUCCCAAUUGAGGAGUAGUGUGUGUAUCUACGUAUAAAAUUACGCUCCUCUCAUCAUUUGAUUUUUUUAUGUCUGGGGUUUUCCUUCAUUGUUUCCCAUGCAGGCCAGUUGUUGCAAAAUUACCUUUUAUAUGUUCAUCAGUUGCUCACACAUAUUAAUGUUAUCUAUCAGCGAUUUAAUUAAACAUGAAAGUUGCUGAUGAUAACCUUCUCUGUUUUGGUUUUAUGGCGACGCGUUCUAAAAUAUUCCACUUUCAUUUGAAAAAACUUGUUAUCGAUUUGGUUAACCUCACAUAUUUAAGUCGAAUUAUUAGUAAAAAGUAGGCAUGGGUAACUCAGUUAAUUUUCUGCUGUUGCUGCUUUUCGCAAAAAAAUUUCUAGAAACAUAAUUUACUCUACAAGUUCAGAGUUGUCACUUCAGUCGCAAUUAAAAAAAAAACAAAACUAAAACUCUUGACUUUUUGUAACAAAAACAGAAAACUGUAACCCAUAUUUGCAUAUCUGAAACGGUACUUUCGAGACAAGCGAGAAGAAAAUGUGUUUAGAACUGCACGAAAUCUGUCCAAGUCCAAACUUAUGUGAAAUUAGCAAAGCACAGAGAGAGAAAUACAAAAAAUCCAUAAAACUUCAGUUGAUUGUCGGAAAGCUAAACUCAGUUCAAGCUAAAAGAUGUACAGAUUAGACAUCAUUCUUACCAGCUUUCUGCAUGCUGGCGCCGUAUCCCCCAUUUUCUACCCAUUAAUCCUCAAGAAGUUCUACACUUUCACAUACUACCGCACUUGCCAUAAGGGCCACAAUGAUCCUAUAUUUUCCAUCUAAGUAUGCGAUGAUCGAUCCAAAAUGUCGUCCACUGUCGGACCUUCAUACACUUUUGAAAAAAAACAGGCACCGAAGUACAGAAUAAACAUGAUUAUUUAAUCACUUCCGCAUUCGCUCUUUCGAUGAUUUAUUGUUCUGCUCUUGCUUGACAGUCGAUUUCAGUUUGUUUAUUCUUGACAUUUUUGUAAAAAGUGCCUGUUCGUACGGCAAUAUUUCCAAGGCAACUUUCACGUUCCAACUUAACGCAAGUUAAUAACAACUAAACGAAAAACGCUCCAAAGGUUCUAACGAAUUUGACUCAACUGCAGUGAUUAAUGCACAACGCCAAAACUAAAAUUAAUAACCGAAUUAAUUUUGUCUCUAAAAAUAUUGACUAAACAAAAAAACCGCUGAAACUAUUCAACGAAGAAACCAACAAAAUUUCAACUAAUUAAAAAUGUCCUUUAAAGUUCUGAUUUCAAUAAUUAUUCCGCCAUCGGCGCAAUUUGAGGUGCGGUGUAGUCAGGCGCGAUGAGUUAUAACUCGCCAACUCACAGAGCGGCAUCAACGCAAAAGCGCAACUCAACACAGUGUUACCCAGGCCUAGGAAAAAGUCCUGGUUACUUUUUUUAUAGGUAGUACGUAGUUGAUUUGAAUUUUUUUGUUGACGUGCAUGAAUUCCUACCUAUAUGUUCAAACCGCCUAUUAUCGGAUGUACAAUGUGGAACAGUGAGUUAACGAGAACUGAUUCUUGUUCAAGCAACAGUGUAAUAAGUAACUUAAAUCCUUGUAUUUCGACUGAUAAAUACGAUCAGUAUUAAAUAGUUCUAAGUAGGUCAUUAUGUAAAUAAAGAUAAUUGUUUAUUUAA